AUGGAGAACUACCAGAAGUUGGAGAAGGUCGGAGAGGGAACUUACGGAGUCGUCUACAAGGCGCGCGAUCUCACCACCAAAGACCAACGUAUCGUCGCCCUCAAGAAGAUCCGCCUCGAAGCGGAAGAUGAAGGUGUCCCUUCAACCGCCAUCCGCGAAAUCUCGCUCCUCAAGGAGAUGAACGACCCCAACAUUGUCCGCCUCCUCAACAUCGUCCACGCCGACGGUCACAAGCUAUACCUCGUUUUCGAAUUUCUGGAUCUGGACUUGAAGAAGUACAUGGAGGCGCUACCGGUUAGCCAGGGUGGACGCGGCAAAGCACUGCCAGAGGGUUCUGGUCUAGCGGGUCAGAGUCUGAGCAUGGACGACAAGAUGGUGAAGAAGUUUAUGAUGCAGCUGUGUCAGGGUGUGCGCUACUGCCACGCUCAUCGUGUGCUGCAUCGCGACCUCAAGCCGCAGAACUUGCUCAUCGACAAGGACUGCAACCUGAAGCUGGCGGAUUUUGGUCUCGCUCGCGCUUUCGGUGUCCCGUUGCGAACAUACACCCACGAGGUCGUCACGCUAUGGUACCGUUCUCCAGAGAUUCUCCUUGGUGGUCGUCAAUACUCUACUGGUGUUGACAUGUGGUCUGUUGGCUGCAUCUUCGCCGAGAUGUGCACGCGCAAGCCUCUGUUCCCCGGUGAUUCGGAGAUUGACGAGAUUUUCAAGAUCUUCCGUAUCCUCGGUACACCCAACGAACAGGACUGGCCCGGCGUCACCUCCUUCCCCGAUUUCAAGCCCUCGUUCCCCAAGUGGGGCCGGACAGACGUUGCGAAUAUUGUCACCAAUCUCGACGAGGUUGGCCUUGACCUACUUGAUGCGCUGCUCGUAUACGACCCCGCUGGCCGCAUUUCAGCAAAGCAGACGGUUAUCCAUCCGUACUUUGGUGGUAUGAACGGUGACACACGACACGAAUACAGCAACGGCUACCACUAG